AUGAAGUUCCAACUGACCACCCUUGCCGCCCUCACUUUCCUCGGCCUCACCUCCGCCGCUCCCGCUGCGGCUGCUGUCGCCAAGUGCACGUACCGCUGCCAUGGUGGACCUCAAGUUUACGAGACAGUCGCGACCAUCACCCUCACCAGCGGCCCAUGUCUCGAAGGCUACUGGGGUCGCGGCAUCGAGCAAGCCAACAAAUACUGCAACGAGAACAUCGAGAAGUGCAAGGCGCCGUACUCUCCUUACGGAUGCGUCGCUUGGUGA